CUGGAGGCGAAGGGGCGCCUGGCCUCAUGCCUGCGGGGCGGGGGGCCGCGCCUGCCUCCGUCGCCCCGGACUAGCCGGCGGCGCUGGCCAUGGCCGAGGCGGGCGCUGAGGAGACCGGCGGCGGCGGCAGCGGCAGCCAAGGGCUGAGGGCAGCGGCCGGCGCAGAUAAUUUUCAGAUGGAAGGAAACCAGUGUGUUGCCUCUGCGUUCUCAAGCCUUAUGACUUCUAUAUCCCAGCCCGUCACUGCCAACUCAAGUAAUACAUCUGGAGUGGACUUUCCAAGAAAACGCAAAGGAAGUGAUUCUGAUAACCAGUAUGCAUGUGAUGUUGAUGAUCUCCAGAGCAGGGAGGCUCAUAGCCAAACAGAGAAACGAAGAAGAGACAAAAUGAAUAACCUCAUAGAAGAACUCUCUGCUAUGAUACCUCAGUGCAACCCAGUGGCCCGUAAAGUGGAUAAACUCACAGUAUUAAGAAUGGCUGUGCAGCACUUAAAGUCAUUGAAAAGUUCUUCUAAUUCUUACUCAGAAGUCCGCUACAAGCCUUUUUUUUUACAAGAUGAUGAACUUCAACACUGCAGUUUGGACAAGAGUCAGUGGGUCUUCCUUGCUCUUGCCGUCAGCGUCAGCACCUAUCUGCGUUAG